ACUGGUUAGUGGUCUAAGAGCAAUAAAAUAGACUUGGUUCAUUUAUUCCCUCUUUCCUUAACUUCUGUUCUUAUUAAUCCCCUAAAAAAAAGUAAAAAAAACCCCAAAAAACUUUAAAACAUGUCUUUGUCAACUACAAACUUCAUAGACUUACCUGAAGAAUGUCUUUCGCAAAUCCUUUCAUUAACGACGCCUACCGAUGUCAUCCGAUCAUCGGCGGUGUCAAAGCAGUUUUUAUCCGCCUCGGAAUCCAAUUUUGCUUGGGAGAAGUUUAUUCCCUUGAAUUGUGAUCGCUUCAUCGAACACUCGUCCCCACAACUUGUACGUGAUCAACAACAACAAAUUGUUUCGAAAAAAGAACUCUAUUUUCGACUCUGCCGAUCUCCUAUACUCUUGAACAAUGAUUGCUCUAAGACUGGAAAGAAAUCCUACAUGCUUGGUGCAAGGGCUCUGGAAAUAGCCUGGGGAGGCACCCCUCAACACUGGAAAUAUGUACCGGAAUCGAGGUCCUUAGAGAUUGUUGAGCUCUAUACAGACUAUGAUGAAUGUUGUCUAGAAAUAAAAGGAAGAAUACACACCAAAUUCCUAUCGCCUGAUACAACAUACGCCAUGUAUUUUGUGUUCAAGACAGAUGCAGAUGACAAUCAUGCUUAUAGAUUUGAACAUAUACCAGUUAUGGUGUCUGUAUUUGCAAAUUCUGAAGAAGGGUUGUCAAAACAUUACAACCAUCAUAGAGCCGUCUUUAAGAAAUUCUAUCUGAAGGCAUCAGGACGAAGUUUGUGUAGACAUCCUGAUGAGCUUCCAGAAGAAAGAGCUGAUGGAUGGAUGGAGAUUGAGAUGGGCAUAUUCCAAGUUGAUUCUAGUGUUGAGGCUGCGGAUGAACAGAUGGUCUUGGAGAUGACACUGAAUGAGGUUCAAGGCAUUGGUUGGAAGAGUGGUCUUAUUGUUCGAGGCAUUGAACUCUGGCCUUUGAUACAUACAUGAGUAGAAGUUUACAAUUAAGGGGGCGUUUGGUUCGUAAAAUGAUAUGGGGUACGGUUAGAAUCAGAAAUGAAAUCAUAAUGUUGUGGGUUUAGAACUUGACUCUUGCUAUAUGUUUGGGUUGAUUUAAGAAUCAAGUACAAAGUACUUUUUGUUUUCUUUAUUUGAUACCUAAAAGUGUUGGUAUGAAUAAAACCCACUUUCCUUUAA